AUGGCAGAAUACAAACUAUCAUACGAGUCCCAACUGGUACAUUCACCUCCCUAUCCCACCUUCACUCCAUACCCAACAGCGCAUUCCAAUCACAGCCCUAACCUCAAUCCCUACUCCAUAUCGCAUCCUUAUCAGUCAAGACUAAACACAAAUAAACAGGACGUCUACCACCCAUCUUACCGCUUCGAAACCCACGAUCCACGCGACUGGAAAUCAGCCGCUGGUCGCGGUCCAGCACUCCCAGCACUAGGAAAUGCGACCGCAGGCGCUGUCGGAGCAGCUAUUUCGAAUGUCGUCGUCUAUCCACUCAAUGUGAUAGUAGCGCGGCUUCAAACUCAGAAGAGGAAAGAGGGAACCUCAAGCCAGAAAUCCAAAGAUGGUAGUAAUCACGACAAGGCGGAAGAAGAUGAAGAAGAGGAAGAACAAUAUACUAGUGUCCUUGAUGCCGCGCGCAAAAUUUAUGAACAGCAGGGCAUCGGCGGCUUUUAUCCGGGUCUGGCGCAAGAUACGUGGAAGACAGUUGCCGACUCGUUCCUUUUCUUCCUUGCUUAUAGUUCUCUUCGACAGAAGAGGAUUGUGGCACGUGUAGGUGCCGAGCGAGCGGCCAAGGGGAAGAACGUUGUUCUUCCGGUUCUUGAUGAACUCGCAGUUGGUAUUCUGGCUGGAUCCUUUGCCAAGUUAUUUACGACACCGUUGUCGAAUAUCGUUGCUCGGAAGCAGAUUUCGGCUGCGCGGACAAAGGGCAAUGAGAAGGGUUUAUCAACAGGUGAUAUCGCCUCGCAGAUUCGGAAAGAGAAGGGCCUUGCGGGCUUCUGGUCGGGGUAUUCGGCUGCGCUGAUUCUGACGCUGAAUCCCUCCCUCACCUUUUUCCUUAAUGAGUUCCUGAAGCGCGCUCUGAUACCACGCGCGAAGCGUGAUAAGCCUUCACCUGCUCUGACUUUUCUUCUUGCGGCGCUGAGCAAGGUCGCUGCUUCGUCUAUUACGUAUCCCUUCUCUCUCGCCAAGACUAGAGCUCAAGUCCUCAAGUCUACUUCCAGCUCCUCUUCUUCACAAUCUACGUCUCAGUCAUCUUUACUCAAUAAUUUGACACCCCAGAUCAUCUCAACAGUUAUAACAAUCGCCCGCAAAGAUGGUUACAAAGCCCUCUACGCUGGUCUCCAAGGCGAAGUCCUCAAAGGCUUCUUUUCUCAUGGCUUCACAAUGCUAGCCAAAGACGCAGUCUAUGCCUCGAUUGUCAAGAGUUAUUAUCUUCUACUCAUGCUCAUGCGCCGGUAUCCUUCCCCAGAGGAACUAAUCGAGCGUGCACGCGAACAAGCAGAGGAGUAUACAGAGAUCGCGCGUGAGGGGGCACGAGACCUAGCAGAGCGUACAAAGGAAGGUGCUGAAGAGGUUCUGGCAGGGACUUCUGGUGGUGUGGCUGUUGAUAUGACUUCUAGCUCGGCGAGUGCUGCAGAGGCUGCCAGUGCAGGCUCAGAGACUGGCGGCAUUGACGCUUCGUCUGGGCUUAAGGUUCCUGUCUCGGAGGUUUCUGAUGAUGUGAAUGAGACUGCUGAGUUGGUGGGUGAUUAUGUUGAAGAUGAAGCUGCUGAGUGGAAGAGCUUAUAUCAUUGGUUCUGGGAGAAGGAUCGAGUGGCGCAUAAAGUCUGA